UAAAUCGGCAUUUUCGUCUUUGCGAGAUGCUCUAGCGGUGAUACAUAAUAACACCCUGGUUCUUCAUGGUGCGCCUCAUCAAAGUUCAUGUGCAUAUUAGCUUUCGGCACCCCAUCUCAACGUCACCUGAGUGGCGGCAAAUCAAGCACUAUCGCUCACUGACCACAUUGACGAUGUACGGAGUAGCCGCAGUUCUUUUGGUUGUGACGUCAUCAACGAACGUGCUGCCGGUGACUCGAGCGUACACUCUAGUGUACCCCCGCCUUCUUGAAGAGCGACGACAGGAUGGUGAACUUGUACUUCACGUAACGGACGAGCUCGUUCUCAAUCUGCAAAAGAGCUCGAUAGCGGCACCUCUACUACGUGUGGUUCGUUACGAGAAUGACAAGCACGUCACAAGCCUUCACAAAGGUGAAGAGUUUGAUGGCAGCCUGUACCACAGCAGAAACAAGUUCGCAUCAGUGCACGUUUUCCGUGCAGGAGACAGCGUUGAAGUGGAGGGCAUCAUUGGUCCUUAUAAGCGCAUUGAACCGAUGCCAGCGAUGGCAAGAACCACAGAUGGACGAAUUGCCCACGUUGUACACGACAUCGAAGCAGAUAAAGCUCCUAAUACUGGGUCCUUUGACUAUGAAUUUGCUCCACGCAACGGAAUUUCUGCCACUAACACUGGGAAGCCACAAUAUGUACCAGCGACUGUGGAGGUUGAAUUGUUUGUGACGGUGGACACAUUCCACAGCAAACAUUUCCGUAACACAACGAAGCUCAUUGUCUACGUCUGCAUAAUUGUAAACACCGUUAACCUCUGGCUUGCUGAGACUAACCAACCCAGAAUUCAACUCCUGCUCACCGGUGUGGAAACGAGUGAGGGUGAGCCGUACCUCAAAUCAAAAGGUCAGUUUGUAAGCGCCGAAGAGACUAUCGCAGAGCUGAAUAACUACGCUACUCAAAACAAGGAGAGGCACGGGAACCCCGAUAUCUUAUACUUGAUGUCCGGCCGAGAUCUGUACGGCAACAGGAACGGGAGGCAAGACCGCACAUUGAGAGGUCUUGGCUACAACAGCGGCCUCUGUGCCCGAUAUCGCGUCGCCCUCGGCGAAGACAAGGCUGGGACCUACAGUGGGAUUGACACCGCUGCCCACGAAAUCGGCCACCUGCUAGGAGCAACGCACGAUGGGUCGCCUCCUGAGCCUAAAUAUCCUGGUAAACCAGACUCACUGAUGUGUCCAGUUUAUUAUGGCUACCUCAUGAGCUAUUUCAAGAGGGGUCCGGCCAGUCACCACUACUCAAGCUGCAGUCUCGCCCAGAUGCAAUAUUUUGUGAGACGUGUGACGCCUUCGUGCUGGGAAGUGAAUGCCAAAAAGAUAUACAAUGUAACGAAAAAGUACCCCGGCAUGACGAUGACGCCAGAAGUUUAUUGCCAGAGGUUAUUUCCUCAUGAACAGAAUGUUACCGCUGACCCGUUCGAAUGGUUCAAGACCACGUGCAUGGUGCGUUGCUUGUACAAUCCUAGCGGUGAAGUAGUCCACACGGGACGUGCCAUGUACAAAGACGUAGAAGCGCUGGAAUAUACGCCUUGCGGACAGGGGAAGGCGUGCAUACAAGGCAUCUGUACAGAGAAAUCCCGAAGAAGCCCCUAAAAUUAAAGAAAUGAAAAUUAUGGCUUUAAUACCAACCAGUUC